UUCCGCCGUCCGUGUGUCUCGUGUCUGUACACGCGUAAUUUGUGUGUGGCGUUUCCUCCUCUCCGGUUCUCACUGCGCACGGGGGAUUUAAUCGGGAACGAACAGCUGUUGUUCGCGCCGACGAUAGAAUACGGUUGACCGUCGUAACGACCGUGCAUCGCUCUCGCGUAUCGCAAGUGACGCAUAUAACGAGCACAGAAUUCGACAGAGAUUGUUGAUUGAAAAAAGAACGACACUUUUCUCAAACAGGAAGUGACGAAAAGUGGCGAAUCAAGUUUCUGGUGGCGCCUUUUGCGUUUCGCCCUGUUUAUGCUGCGUGUAACUUGCAGUAACUUGUCGUAAACAGCGUCGUUUCGCGAGCGACUCUCGGUGACGAAAUAAUCGAGAAGAUAAGGAGGAUAACAAGAGGGAUAGCAGAAACAACGAGGGACAACGAGGGACAACAUCGUCGCGCGAUUAAGAGCGUUAUUAAGAACGAGAAUUGCGGGACGAAAAAAUAGCGACAUGAAUCUGUCAUUCGCCGGCUGCGGCUUCCUUGGCAUCUACCACGUCGGCGUGGCUGUCUGCUUCAAAAAGUAUGCACCGCACUUGCUGCUCGACAAGAUAAGCGGCGCAUCCGCGGGUGCCAUCGCCGCAUGCAGCUUACUUUGUGACCUACCCCUCGGAGAAAUGACCAGCAAUGUAUUACGUCUGGCACGUGAAGCGCGACAACACCCGCUCGGACCGUUCAGUCCAUCUUUCAAUGUACAACACUUUCUGCUAGACAGCAUGCAAAAGUUUCUACCGGAGGACGCUCAUAUUCGUGUAAAUGGCAAAUUGCACAUCUCUAUGACAAGAGUAUAUGAUGGGAAGAGUGUGAUCGUGUCGCAAUUCAAUUCCAAGGAAGAUUUAAUGCAAGCUCUAUUAGCUUCUUCGUUUAUACCGUUCUUUUCCGGUUUGCUACCACCACGAUUUCAUGGCAUCAGAUACAUGGACGGUGCUUUCAGCGAUAAUCUACCUACGCUCGACGAAAAUACAAUCACUGUUAGUCCAUUUUGCGGAGAAAGUGAUAUCUGUCCCAGGGAUAUCUCAUCUCAACUUUUUCACGUCAAUCUCGCAAAUACAAGUAUAGAGCUCUCUAAACAAAACAUAUACAGGUUCACGAAAAUACUUUUUCCACCUAAAACAGAGAUUCUUUCAAAUAUGUGUAAACAAGGAUUCGAUGAUGCAUUAAGAUUUUUACAUCGUAAUAAUAUGUUGAGCUGUACGAGAUGUCUCGCAGUACAAUCAACGUACAUAGUUCAAGAGACAAUCGACGAUAGCAUGGAAUAUGACCCGGAAUGUCUAGAGUGUAAGAUGCAUAGACAGGAAGCAUUGGUAGCCAAUUUGCCUGAGACCGUUAUGACGAUAUUCCAAGAUGCCAUAGAUUCCGCUAAUAAGGGACUUGUUAAUUGGCUGUUUAAACACCGUAGUGUGAAACUAUUAUCGUUGUUGAGUUUGCCUUGUACGCUACCGGUAGAUAUAAUGUACGCCACCAUCACAAAAUUCAUUAUAAAUAUUCCGAAGCUGAGAAACAACAUAGUAGAGUUAAUUAAAUUUGUCUUAGAACAGUUGAGUAUAAUAUUUCCAAAAAUCAAUGUCUAUGUUCAGCCUCAAUCAAUCAAGUGUCAUUUCAACAUUAUGGAAUAUGAUUCGAGUAUGUAUGAUGCACGAGAUAUAGAGGAGGUUGACACUCUAUAUAAAAAACACAAAAAUCUGGAUUUAACUGUUCAAUACAACGAGCGGCCAUCAUGGACAGAUUCGGGCAAAUCGAGUUGUGUAAUAAAUAUGGGUGAUCUCACACGAACAAUGGAUGAUACUUGCGAAAAUAUCUUGCAAACAAGUACAGAACAAGAUGCUGUAAUAGCUUAUUAUUAUAUGGAUGAUAACAACAAAGUGCAAGUGACAGAGAUCUUCGAUGUAACUGAUUCAGAAUCGCAUACUAUACUUUCCAUAGACGAAGUUGAUACCAAUAGAAGACUCCAAUUUGACGACUGGACUGAAUCUACAUGGUUAUCUCAACGUACAUUUAAUGAUGAGUCUCUUUAUAAUGAGAAUCAACAAAAUAUAGAAAACUUAUCGGAUGCAUCAUUAGAAGAUGAUAUAUUAAAUAGCACAAAUAUAUUCUCCGAUCCGGAAAGCGAGUGGGAAAUGGAAAAAGAAGAAGUGGAAGCGCUUAAGUCUCCGGACAGUCGACCAGAAGUAGAUCAACCAUCUACGAGUUUGCUAUAAAAAUUAUUCUCCAGUAGCUUAUGUAAUUGUUAUCUUAGAAAUAUCAAAUAAUAAUUAAAAAUGUGUUUUUUUUUUAUUAUGAUAUACUUCAGAAGAUAUAUGCCUCACUUAGCCAAAAAGAGCGGAGAUAUUUAAAGUACUAUAUCCGAAUAUUUUCCAUAUGCGUGAACAUAUGGAAAAUAACGAAAAUUGCUCAAUUCAAAAAAGAGCAUUAUUUAAUAAAAACAUAUAUUCUUGUAAGAUAUAUAAUUGAUAGAAAAUGUUGAUGCAUAUAAGUACCUAAUGUAAUAUACGUAUCAAUAAUGUUAAUACAUUUAAGUGUUAGUAUGGCACACAACAGUAUUCUAACAUAAUUCAAGUUUGUUACUUUAGAUUUGAAAAUUAAUGAUAAACAAUUGUCCGUUUAUAGAUUUUACAAGAAAAAGACUGAUUGGU